AUGGAUCAACCUGCCAGCGAAAGCCGCGGAAGAGUUUCGCAAGCAAUGGCCGUUCCAGCACCCAUAUUUACCGCUUCAGUUAGUUAUGAUGGAAUGGAUGAAUGGGAUUCAGCUAAAGAGGAAUCUGUGGAAUCUAUGUCAGAUUACGAAGAUAUGGUUGAUUAUGCAUCAGAUGACAGCCAAUACUCAAGAUCUCAAAGCCGUCAAGACGUUAGCCAUAAAGACGGCCAUUAUCGACCUCCGUCGUCUAGUCUUGGCGGUUACCUAAGUCCAGCAACAUAUUCAAGCGAUGAAGAAUAUUAUGGAGAAAGUGGAGACGUUGAUGUCGGAUGUACUUUAAAGUUGGUGCAGAAAGCUGCCUUGAAAGAUUCAGAUGGCACAACAAGCAGCGAAUACUAUGAAGAAACUGAAUAUGACGAAGAUGAAGAAUAUGACGAAGACGAAGAGGAAGAAGGUGAAGGAGAAGAAGAGGAAGAAGAUGAGGAGCAAGAAGAAGAAGACGAAGUGGAGAAGGGGAGUGAGGAUGGAGAAGAAAAAGAGGUAGAAACAAAAAAAGAUGAAAAAGUUGAAAGACUAGUUGAAGUGGAAGAAGCAGAAGAAAGCCCAGACGCUGGUUCUGAAGAACCAAGUAGACUGAGCCCGGACGUUAGCAGGUUUAGUGCAGAACCGAGCAGAAUGAGCUUUUACAGUGACGAUGCUUCAGCGGAAAUGUUAAGCAUUUCCGAAUCAGAGGAAUCUUCAGAUGAUAAAGACAUGAAAUCUGCUAUGGAAGAACCAUUUAACUAUGUAAGUUGCAAAAUCCACGAAGCUGGAAAAGACGAGGUUAAAGUAAGAGAACCUGAAUCUGAAGGUGAAGAAACCAAAGAUAAAGUUGAAUCUCCAGUUGAAGUUGAGGAAGAUGAACUCAAAGUUAAGACGGUUCAACUUGAAGUUGAAAAUGAGCAAGAGACUAAAGAAGCUGAACCUGAAUUUGAAGAGGCGGAACCCGAGGAGGAAAUCAGUGAUUACGAAGAAACCGGUCAAGCUUUAGAAGUUCAAAUUUACGACCAAUCUGAACCUUUCAUAAAAUCUGAAGAAAAAGAGGAGGAACAAGAUUUGAAAAAAGGUGACUUCUCAAGCAGUGAAUUUGCCGAAAGUAUGAAACCAAAGGAUGCCCAAGAAAGCGAAGAGAAGAUUGAUCUCAAUGAAGCAGACGAGCUUUGUGUGGUGGCUCCAAAAGUAGAAGACGCUAUGGUCAAUGAAGUUCCAGAGACCACUGAAUCCAUUAAAGUUGAGAUAAUACCGACGUUUGUGGAGCCAACAGAAGAAAAGCAACCAGAAGGACGUACAAAUAGUUUCAGCGAGCCGAAACCUGCCACAGAUUUCGCUCAGAAAGGUGUAAUACAACCUUCAAGAGUUCAAAAAGCACAGAUAGAAGAGCCGAAAGUAAAAAUUGCAGAAAGAGCCCCAUCUACUCAAGAGGCACAGCCUCUUGGGGUAAGCCUACGGAGCGACAGUUCAGCUUGUCCAAUACCAUUUGUACCUAUGGACAGAAAUAAAGUUCAAGCAGCUACUCCACUUGGAAAACCUAUAACUACAACGACUCCCACUGCAACAAAACCAACACCUCGAACUUCCUUCGCUUCUAUUUUCUCCAAACCAAAAGAACUUGCAGUCCCCGUCACUGCUACUGCGAAACCUCCAUCUGAAAAAACUUCAACAGUAACUGCAACUGCAAAGCCCGAAGCUGUAACCAAGGCAGCAGCAAGCACUUCAAAGAAACCCCCCAUUUCGGCAUCAGCAACUCAAGUGGAAGAUAAAUCGGCAAUCCGAAAAUCAGAAUUGAAUAUGGCAGAAGACGAUGCAAAAGCAGCCAGAGAAAAAGAAGAAGCAGCCGCUAAAGAAAAAGCAAGACGUUUGGGUACAGUAAGUGCACUUAAAGAUCGAUUCAAAGAACCGGAACCGUUACAGCCUGAAACAUACAAGUAUAAACGUUCAGCAAAACUUGAAGAACUACAACAUGAAGUGCGACCAAAGAGGACUUACCGACCACUGGUAAAGCCAGUCAUCAACGACAACUUUGAUAAACAAAUGGAAGAAAUCCGUGCACAAAUUCAAAGUGGAACGACGGCAUUGACAACACAAGUUCAAGACUUGAAAAAAGGCAUUGCAGCGGUUGCCGACGAUGCUAAACGAGCUGCAUUUGAGGAGAAGCACAAAGACUUGUUAACUCGAACAGGAGAAGUCUUCAGCCGAGCCGAUGAUAACCUCAAAAAGUGGAAGGAAAACAGAGCAGCUGAAUAUGAAAAAGAGUUUGAAAAGUCGAAUAAUGCGACCUACCGUGCUACACCGGCAAGAGUUGUUCCAGAACCCCCAAAACCAGUUCCGCCAAAACCAGAACCGAAGAAAACGGUAAGAGUCCUGAAACCAACACAGGCGACUAAAACAACAGAUAAAUCUGCAGAAGAGAGCGCAAUCAAACCUGAACCACUGAGAGGCACAGUUGGAAAUAGUGCAACAAAAACUGAAUUGGCUCAAAAAUCUCCAACCACUACAGUGCCACAAAAAACAGCUCCAUCUAGAGGACUGGCAGCAUUCGCUGCCAAGUUUGAAAACGCUAUAGCGGCUGACAAAAAAACGGUAAAACCACAAACAAUUAAAGAAGAGGCGAAACCUGCUCCUUCACCUGAAGCACCAAAAUCUGCAUUAUACUCUAAGUUUGGAGAGCAGAAACCUACAACUUCAGCCGUAGCCGCACAACAAAAACCAACCAGUGUCCUGCAGCAACAGCAACCAGCUGCUACGACAAAUGUACCGACUCCAAAAAGUCCGGUUGCCGCUCAACCUCAGAAACCGUCACCAGUCAUUAGCGCUACAAGCGACAAAACGAAAUCAGAGAAUCGAAAAGAAGAGAUCAAAUCAACUGGAGGUGCGGCAACACGUAUCAAGCGCGUCCUUGGCAGUACCGAAAAUCGUGAGCCCAGAAAAUAUGGUGUACGCAGAAAAACUGAAGAGUUGAUGAAUUACGCCAAAGAUGAAGUUGUUGAGGUUUCUAGUCUGCGUCACAACUUUCUUCUCAGAACAGUAAUACUUUUUUUAAAUCAAAGUUUAUUACAGGAAAAAUCUCGCCGCCAACAUUGCUGUCACAGAAGAAACCGCUUUAUUAGAGAACCAUUUGAUGUUGAUAUUUUAUUAGGAUUUGCCAAUGAAAAUACAUUUGAACAGGAUCACUGGGUAGUAGCUUUGAGUGUACUGAUCAAAGAUAUGUUUAAACGGUUAACGAGGUACUUGUAUUUUCAGUUUGAAGCUAAAUUCGCUGCAGCAACUCGUGAUAAACGUCCAGCACUUACAAAAUCUGAAGGAAAACCAAAAAAGCGACGCGUCGAAAAUCGUAAAAUAUGGAUCAGUGAACUGCAGGAUAUUGAUAAACUGUAUAAAACUUCAGAACUACGAGAUAUAAUUGACUCUGCGAGAUAA